AUGUCCUCUGAAGGGCUUACAACCUACCUCAUUUUUGUCGUCAUUUCCAUCUUAUUGGGCGCUUUUCAAUAUGGAUACCAUAACGGAGAGCUCAAUACACCGCAGCAAGUGAUAUCCAAAUGCACCGACACAAGCGCAAUAGCAGCAGGCUUACCGCAGUGUAUUCCUAUGCCUGAUUCACAAUAUGCGCUUGUCGUGUCGAUACUCACAGCAGGUGGACUGAUUGGCGCCUUAGGAGCUCCUUAUUUUAACGACAGAUACGGCCGUCGAUUGACAUUGUUUGGCACCAACGGAUUGUUAGGCGUUGGGUCACUAAUCACCACAGUGGCAGCUACACCACACGCUAUGAUGUUGGGACGGUUCCUGUCUGGCUUGGGCAGUGGUGUUGUAACAGUGGUUGUACCUGCUUAUUUAGCUGAAUGUGUGCCCAAAUCGCGUCGUGGAUUCUUUGGUGCAUUGAACCAGCUGGCCAUCGUCAUUGGCAUCAUGGCAGCACAGAUCAUCAGUCUUUCGUGGUCUACACUGACAAAGUGGAGAUAUAUUUUGGCUAUGGGCGUGCUAUUAGCUGUUGUGCAAUCGUGUCUGUUGCCUUUCUGUGUGGAAUCACCUCGUUAUUUGGCUUCCUUGCCUGGAGGAUUCAACAGAGCAAAACUUUCUUUGCUCAGACUGAGAGGCGCCUCGAUCGAUCAAGUGGAGGACGAAAUCAAUGAAUGGCGUAGAAAUUGGGCUAAUAAUGCACAGGAUCAACAGGCUACUGCUGCAGAGCAAUAUGAGGAGGAUCUAGAGAGCAUGGAGACACCUUUAGCCACGAAUGGAGCCACUGGAGCACCCACCAACCAUGUCAACAUUUACAAAUUCUUAUCAUCGCCUUAUUACCGUAGGCCGCUCUUCAUUGUUGUGUUACUACAACUAGCACAACAACUGUCUGGUAUCAAUGCUGUCAUCUUUUACUCAACCUCCAUCAUGUCUACCGUGUUCCCUGACUCGAGUGGCCUCAUCACUGUCUAUAUCUCGAUUGUCAACCUCAUUGUCACAACGAUCUCUGCUGCUCUCAUGGAUAAACUGGGUCGUCGUAGCCUGUUCCUUGCUUCUGCUUGUUGCAUGGCAUCAAUGAGCGUAUUACUGGGUUGGAGCAUUACGCAUGGCUUUGACAGAACCUCGGUGGUCGCCAUCCUCGGCUUUGUCGCUUCAUUUGCGCUAGGCAUUGGCCCUAUUCCCUUCUUGAUGAUACCCGAGCUUGUUGAAACACCUGCAGUCAGCAGCGCUUGCUCUGUUGGGUUGGCAUCCAACAUGAUUUCCAAUUUUGCUGUGAGCGCCGGAUUUCUGCAGCUGCGACUCAUCAUGGGACAAGGCCAAGUGUUUUAUCUGUUUGGGCUGUGUUUAGCAGUAUUAGUGGCUAUUGCUGUUAUGGUCUUGCCCGAGACAAAGGGAAGAAGUGCAGAGGAUGUGAUUCGAUCAGGAUAUUCCAUUCAUCCUUGUAAUUAUGAGCACAUUGCAAUUGCCAAUUAG